ACUCUGACGCAGAACCUCCUACCCAGGCCAGGGUUCGGCGGCGCAGCCACCACCCGCCGCCGCCCACUCCAACCCUACCACAAGGCCACAAGCCGCCGGGCGCCGGCAGCGGAGAUGGAGCCGCCGGGUCGCAGUUCUAAGCGGAGGAGGUCGGAUUCGGGGGAGCUAGAGGCCGGCGAGUCCUCGCCAGUGGCGGCGGAAGCCACGGAGGUGCCGAAUCCCCAUCCUGCGACGCCGCCAUCUCCCUCCUCUCCACCAAGCGAUGAAGGCGGCGGCGGCGGCGGAGGCGUCGACUACAUCAGCGGCCUCCCCGACGCCAUCCUCGGCGAAAUCAUCGCGCUCGUCUCCACCAGGGACGCCGCCCGCGUCCAGACCCUCGCCUCCCGGUGGCGCCACAUCUGGCGCGCCGCCCCUCUCAACCUCGACAGCAGAGAGCUCCUCGACGCCGACGAGGCCCUCUCCGGGGCCGUCUCCCGCAUCCUCGCCGACCACCCCGGCCCCGGCCUCCGCUUCUGCAUCCCGUCGCACAUCGUCCGCGACCGCCCCGCCGCUGUGGACGCCUGGCUGCGCUCCCCGGCGCUCGACAGCCUCCAGGAGCUUGACUUCUGGUUAGGCCAAUCUUGCUGGUCGCGCCGAGAGCUGCCGGCAUCUACUUUCCGCUUCGCGGCCACCCUCCGUGUGGCUACCUUCAGCGAGCUCGACCUCCUGGAUGCCAAGGUUGAAGCGCUUCACUUCCCCCAGCUCACGCACCUCGCACUUCAGGAUGUCAGCAUGGCCAAGGGCUCCCUGCACACCAUGAUUUCCAGUUCCAGCUGCCCUGUCCUGGAAUGCUUGCUGCUGGACAACUGCUAUGGGUGCCGCCGUCUCCGGAUAAGCUCAAAUAGCCUCAGAAGCAUCGCCGUUGGUGUUGAUAUGCAUAUUGGCAAGCCCCGUUUAAAGGAAGUCACCAUUGUCAAUGCCCCUUGCCUUGAAAGGUUCCUCCAUAUUAAAAUAGACGAGCCGGUCAAUGUGUCUGUAAUUGUGGCGCCGAAACUGGAGACCUUAGGCUGUCUUAAUGAUGAGAUCGAUUCCUCCAGACUCGUGUUUGGCACCACGGUCCUUCAGGGGUUCCUUGUUGUAAGCUUGACUACGGUGGUGCGCAGUGUCAAGAUUCUGGCUCUCAAAUCGCUUUAUAUUAAACUUGAUACGGUUAUUGGCUUGAUGAAAUGCUUUCCAUGUUUAGAGAAGUUGUACAUAAAGUCUUGUAUUUCAGGCAGAGCAAUGAAUCGGUGGCGUCGUAAACAUAGGGAUUUCAUUAAAUGCUCUGAUAUCCAUCUCAAGACAAUAGUGUUGGAGCAGUAUCGAGGCAUCAGAUCACAAGUCAACUUUGCCUCAUUCUUUCUACUGAAUGCGAGGGAGUUAGAGUUAAUGACACUUGAGCUUGAAAGCCAAGAUUACAGUGAGGAGUUUGUUGCAGAACAACAUGGGAUGCUUCAGAUGGAGAAAAGGGCUUCAAGAGGUGCUCGGUUACAUUUUACAGGAAAAGGAUGUCAGCGUUUUCUUAUGCACGUCAAGCAUAUCCGUGAUUUGUCUAUAACCGAUCCCUUUGAAUGUAGAUGUUAUAAUUAGCCUUGGCAGUGACACUUUAUGAGUUUUCCUUUGCACUCUCAUUUGGUACUUCGUCUAAACAAUUGUCUCAUGACUGUAGUGUUUUAAAUAUUCCUUCACGCUUAAAACUUGCUAUAAUAGCAGGCUAGCAAUUAGAUCCUAUCUUUUGAAUGUAUUGUAGCAACUAAGGUUACCAAGUGCACAAUUGUUCUCAAUUUCUCA